CAUAUGCGGCCACAGGCAUAGCAUAACAGCCAAUUCCUAUCCCUCUUUUUGGUUCAAAACAAUGGCUGAAGCCAUCAUGGGUUUCACCAUUUUCAAGUCACAGAUUCACAGCUCAUGUUUACAAACAAGGAGAUUUGAAGCCAACCCGUCUUCAAGAUUGCUCAAGCAGCAUUCAGCCUCUACCUUUUUCAAAGGAACUAGGCCAAUAGAGAGAGGCAAAAGCAGAAGAUCCAGCCCAUGUAAAGUGAAUGGAUUGCCAGAUUUGCCCCUGAUGGCUGUUAUCGUUGAGCAGAUUGAAGGACAGAUAGAUUAUAUAACACAGAAAUCUGUUUGGCAUCUCAGUGAUGAAGCAAUAAAGAAUGUCUAUUCAUAUUACACACUAUUCACUAUCUGGGGCUGUUUAUUCUUUGGUUCUAUGAAGGACCCCUAUUAUGACUCGGAAACAUACAGAGGAGAUGGAGGAGACGGUACGGGUAAUUGGAUUUAUGAGAAGCAAGAAAAAAUGGAAGCAGACGCAAGAGAGGCUCUGUGGCGAGAGGAGCUAAUAGAAGAGAUAGAACAAAAGGUUGGAGGGCUGAGGGAAUUGGAAGAAGCAGCCAAGAAAGAGGAACUUGUCAAGUGACAAAGUUUAACCAACCAAUGUUUCAUUAUUGUAUAUAUAUAUAUAUAUAUACAAGUUUAUAUUCUGCAACUACCAAAAGUGGCAGGCCAUCCCACAUUCAUCAUGUCAUUUGCUUAUGCUUCCAAUGUAUUGUUGGACAACAAUAGAUGAUACUUGUUUUGGUCAUUCUAUUCUGGGAGAUUCCUGUCAUAAUUAGUUCUGCUUAUUCCACAGUUACUAAAGUGUUUUGAAAACUAGAUUAAACCCAAAGGCAUGUUGGUCGCC